AUGUUAUGUAGAGACAAGCAAUUCAACUCGUCUCAAACAAGCGAUUUGUCUGGCGAUGUUCGAGCACUCUUUUUAACUGCCCAUCCAGAUGAUGAAUGUAUGUUCUUUGCACCAGCAAUUUUAAGACUCGUGGAACUAAAUGUCUCUGUUCAUUUAGUGUGUUUAUCUCAAGGUGGGUUUACAAUAGAAAACAGCUUAUGGUUUUGAUUUGUUUGAGUAGCCUAUGUAUUCCUGAACCAGAAUCUGGCUUUACAGGAGACAUUGAUAUGGCGAAUCUCCUUUAAGCCCAGGAAGCAGCCUUUCAGUUUGCCAUGCAACAGCUUUUCAAGCUUAAUGUCAAAAUACGGGCGUUACUCACCAAAAAUGGAGUUUCGAUUACUAACUAUCGUCAUUUACUGCCGUCACGGCCGGUAUGUACUUCUAAAAAAAGGUCUAAAUAAAAAUGUACAAGCAACCAAAAAAAUGACUAUUUUCCACCUCUAAUGAAUCGCUCACGUCCCAAGGAUCCCGGAUAGCAUUAACAUUACUGCUAUGCACAGGUCGGAAGUCUACAACAUUUUUCGGUGAAUGUAACUUUUUUGUGUUAAUUCCUUUAUAUGUCGUUAUAUAGCCAUGUAGCAAUGCUUUAAAUGACAACAUAUAAAGUAAUUUGGUUUUCUCAAAAUAAUUACCUAGGCAAUUACUACAAUCAAGGUGUACAGCGUCGAGAAGAGCUUCUAGGCAGCUGUGCAGUGUUGGGAAUACCAGCCUCCAGAGUCACUAUACAUGACUGC